CACCUUCCACCUUUGCCUUGCGGCCAUGAAUACGAAGCGGCACUAACGAAAAUCAGAAGCAGAUUAGGUAGAUAGAAACCCGAAAAAAUAAGAGAAACCCUAGUUUUCAUCGAAAACCCAAAAUCAAUCGAUCAAACAUAAAUUGUAGAUCGAAAUCAAUCGGAUUCAUCGUAAUCGGCGUCUGUAAGCACUCAAUUUCGAGGAUUUGGUGCUGUAUGAACAGGAAAUCAGGGAUUAAGCAGAGAGAUAGAUAGAGAGAGAGAGAAAGGAGAGAUCUUUAUAAUUUUGAUCAGGAGGAAAAAACACUAUGUCUGCAAUAGUGUGCGGGAAGAGAUCUUUCUUUGAAGAACUGACUGUUACUAGCCCACCUGUGUCGAAAAGAAUCCGUUGUUCUUCUUCCUCUCCUGUUCGUUUUUCUCCUCCUAGAUCGAAUACUCUUGCUUCCAAUCCGCCUUCGUUUAAUUUCGGUUCUUCUUCUUCAUCUUCUUCGACUUUGAUCGAACAGCUCGCCGCCAUUUUCCCUGAUAUGGACAAGCAGCUUAUAGAGAAAGUGCUUGAAGAAUGUGGUGAUGAUUUGGAUUCAGCUAUCAGAAGUUUGAAUGAUCUUCGUUUAGGAUCUGCCGAAAACUUCAGCGCAGCUGCAGAUAAGUCUGAUGUGAUUGAUGAGUCUAAUGUUCCAGCACAAGGGGUAGCAACAACUGGUGCUGAGGCUCCUCCUACUGAGGAUCUGUCAGCGUCAGCACACCUCUCAUUGGAUGGUGCGGAGUGGGUGGAGCUCUUUGUUAGGGAAAUGAUGAGUGCCUCCAAUAUUGAUGACGCCAGAGCACGUGCUUCUCGGGCACUGGAAGUUCUGGAGAAGUCCAUCUGUGCACGUGCAGGAGCAGAGGCAGUUAAAAACUUUCACCAGGAACACAUGAUUUUGAAGGAACAAGUGCAAGCAUUGAUCCAGGAAAAUACGAUUCUCAAGCGAGCAGUAUCUAUUCAGCAUGAGCGUCAAAAAGAGUAUGAAGAGAGGAACCAGGAGAUGCAGCAGCUGAAGCAAUUGGUGUCCCAAUACCAGGACCAGUUGAGGACCUUGGAGGUAAACAACUAUGCGUUGACAUUGCACCUGAAGCAGGCUCAACAAAGCAGCUCAAUCCCAGGACGUUUCCACCCUGAUGUCUUCUAACAAACUUCCAUGGCUCUCGGAUGAAUUGUAAGCGAGUGGGCCAGGAUCCCAAGGCAGUGCAAUUAUGAGCUAUCAUAUGGUGCCUGACUGCACAUGUUAUGUUUUUUCCUUCCCCGUGUCCUAAGGGUGCCUUGAUCAAAAGACAAAUUUAGUUUGCAAGUGUCUUUACUUUGAAUCAUGUUUGGAAUGCAGAAAUGCUUGUGGUUUUAUAUUACAUAAACACAUUUAUCAAUAAUAAUUUAUAUAUGUGAUUGGUAUUGAUGUA